AUGGUGGAAGCAUCAUCUAGCUACUCCCAAUCCACCGAUGUAUUUACACUCUUAUCAUGGUUAAAUACUGAUCGAUUAGGUAAACGAGCACUCCUCGAUGGUGCUGUCUGUUCCUUUGCCUUGCAUCUCGCUGGUAAAGCAAACUCCGAUGAAGCUCUAGUUGCUCAAAGCCGAACUAUAUACGGCCUGGCACUCAGCGAACUACAAGUAGCUCUCAUACACUCUACAGAAUGGAAGACACCCGAGACACUGUGCGCCGCUAUACUCCUAUGCUACUUUGAGUUAUUUGCUGGAACCAGCAGUUCCGAAACCUGGCUCCAACAUGCUAAAGGCAUUGGUACUUUGAUGGAGCAACGAGGGCCAGCGGCUCACGCAGAAGGAUGGGAUGCAGCCAUGUUACUAUCGUUUCGUGGUGUUCUUAUAAUAGGCGACUUUUUCUAUCCUGGCGAGGAGGAAUUGUUCCUAUCACGGCCAGAAUGGAAUCAAGUUAUGUUUGAUGGUGGAAGACGUCUGAUCUACAGUGCUGAUACUCCGAUCGGUCAUAUUCGCGUUGGUGAUGGCUUUCUCGCGAACCUGACCCAGCUUUCACCUAUUAUACACUGGGGCUAUCUCGUCCGCGAAGCCAACAGGGCUGGUAUCUCUGUUGAGCCCAGCAAAAUCUCCGCAUUGGCUCAGAUGGCUCUGGUAAGUCAUGCCAGAUUCGUGCAAUGGUACGAAGAUUUUGAGGCUCUUGAGUUUCCGCGACCUAUCGAGACUUUGCCUACUAAUCCAGCGACUUCGUUGUUUGAGACGGUUAUACAACAUCAGUCGGCGGCGGCGGGAUCAUUGCUCAUGGGAUAUUGGGCGAGUAUGCUCAUUCUUGAAGAAACAUUGAUCGAGUGCGGGACGCCACGAGAAAAUUCAGAUGUAUCCUCUCGGCAUUUCGUGGAACGGAUACUGCGGUCGAUAGAAUCUGUAGCACAAGGCGCCAUGGGACCGUAUCGAGUUGGGUUUGCUGUGCGUAUUGUGUAUGAGUUUGCUACUGGGGAGGAGCAGAGGUGGAUUGCCCGUCUUUUGGAUAAAUUCUCUAAGGGUUAUGCAGCUGUGGAUAAGAGAACGUACCCUAAGCCAAAGGAGGAUGUUAUUGAAUCAGUCCGUGGAGUUUCUCGUUAA